AUGACUACAAUGAUAUCUAUUGCAAUAGCAUUGGUAUUCUUACCCAGUCUUCCUGCAGCCUGUACGGCUCUCGGACCCUUACUCGCUACAUUCGGUCAUUGUGAUCCUUCUGCAUUCGGUUUUGAAGAUUGGAGACAGCACAAAUUGCACAAGGGUUGGGUUGGGCUGAUUCUUUGUAUGAUGUGGGAGGAAGCUCAAGGAAAUCAAGGAAAGCGGAUUACAUAUCUCGGUAGCGACGAAGAACUACAAGAACCAAGGAACGGCUGUGACAAGAUAGGUUGGGAUGAGGCUGAGCGCGACUAUCAUGAGAAGCUAACUCCGGCGAUCAAGACUCGACCGGAUCUUUUCCCCUUCAAUCAAAUCGACACAUGGUACCCACUUCAUCAGUACCAUAUUACAGGCAGCCGAAUUUUAUCUCGAAGCUUCAAUGUAGAGAGGUGGGAAGGUGAAGAUGAGCGGGAUGCCAAACAUGUCACCGCAGAAGACUGUAACAAAGAUACCCAGGCCAACGUGAGUGUUGGGAGCACAAUGGAUGUUGAUGAUUCAGGAGAUGGUGGUGAAGCUGUAAACGAAGAGAGCAGUGACAGAGGUAGUGAUGAUGAGGAGAUAGAGGAUACAUUGGAUAUUGCAAUGGUACCUGUGGCUGAUGCUCUGAAUGCUCGAUAUGACUCUCAUCAUCUUCAAAUGGUCACCAUGAAGCCCAUCAAAGCUGGAGAACAAAUAUUCAAUACAUACGGCGACCUGUCCAACUCAGACCUGCACCGGCGCUACAGACAUGUUGAUCUCGUGCCUUGUCCCCAUCUAAAGGACCUUGUUGUCAGUGUUAUUUGUGGUGAUGUAUCUACUGGCGAGACAUAUCAACGACAGAUCGACUGGUGGCUCAACGAAGGGGGCGAUGGCGUUUUCAUGAUUGACGCAGACCCAGUUCUCCCUGCAGCGCUGACAUCUUUCAUAAGACUUCUUCUUCUCACCCAAGAAGAAUCGGACAAAACACAGGAGAGAAAGGUCUCUCCAUUAUUACGAAAAAUAUUUGAGAUGCGCUUGACUAGUUAUCAAUCGCCAGAUCUUGAAGUUGACACAAAGCUUCUUGCAUCCGAAUCACUCACACUCAAGAGACAUGCCAUCAUAGUGCGGCUCGGGGAGAAGCAGAUUCUAGCAGAUGCACUUGAAACCCUGCGUUUCAUGGAUGUGGCCUUGAGUGACGAGUAA